UCUUCUAUCAGAGAUACGCGCAAUUACUAGGAGACAGGCAUCGGCAGUGACUUCCAUGUGCACAGAUCCGGACUGCAACUUUGUUAUCAGUGGAGAUGCGAGGGGUUACAUCACCGUGUGGGAUGUCGGCAAUUUUCUUUUGGAUCCUUCAUCCGAGGGAAGUGACGGUGAUCAACAACAGCAACGUGAAGAUGACCAGGAAAGUAACAAGGACGACACAAAGAAAGAGCCCAAGAAUGUGAUCAAGCAAGUUGUUUGUUGGCGAGGGCACCUCACUCGUGUUGUUGGACUAGAGCACGUGCAAAGCGUUGACGUAAUCGUGUCUGCAUCAACGGAUUGUUCUGUCAGGGUGUGGUACCGUGAUACCGGUCACUUCAUCGGGUUUUUUAGCCAGCCUCGUCUGUGGCAUAUGCCGUCUUUUAAAUCUGUUCCCUCCACUCCUGUCAGACCGUAUGACAUCUCAGAGGGUCCGAUAAAAACACUAAAAAACGUAGCUACCAAGACUGUUACCAAGGCAACAGAUAGUACUGUGGACUGCCCGUUGAUGUUCGAUGACACAAGAUGGUUACCGUUCCGUCAUUCGGCUCAGAAGGAGACUAAACCCACUGGUGAAAACAAGAAAUUCUUCGACUCUCUAUCAAAACCAAAGCAUUACAACUCUCAUCUGGAGAGUACGAGGUCAGGAUCACCGGAUACUGGGGCAGUGUACAGGGCUCUUCCGGUUUACAGGAUUGAAACACCGGAAAGACUGAAGACACCAGCCAUCAACAUGCAAUCAUCAUGGCUCACAAAUCAGACACAAAAUCAAAAGGGACAUGGCAAUAAGUCAACGUUUGCUUACAGAUCAUCGUCUUCAACUCGGGAACCAGUAGUGUCCAGAUUUCCACAUAUUGUCCAAGGUCACAAGAGAUAGUUCUAACCAGAGGUUAACAAAGCUCCGUCGAAUGGGAUACUUUGCCUUCUUUCAGCUGUUCAGGGACAACAGACGUCCUCGAAAUACCAUAGACCACGACACAGCUUCAUCAUCUACUGACUGGUUCAGUGAAUCACGUAACGAAACACAAUGGACCUCUAAGGGAACUUUAUGUUUCCUUCACUUUCAUACCAUCAGUGUAUCCAUCAAGACUAAAGACCUUUUUAUGUUAGGUAAAUUUUAUAUUCACGCGGAGAUCUAAGCCAGAGAAUGCAGCGAGAUUUGAGACUUGGAGCUUGACGAAUUUCCAUCAGGUUGUUUUCAAGACAACAAAGCCUUGACCUAUCCUAAGAUUUGGCGCGAACGGAUCCUGCGCACUUGCCAGGAAUCGGAGCGAUUGAACUCAAAGUGCUUAGUAGAUGUGGUAUACUCUGAGAGAAGUUUUAUAAAUGAAACUUAAUAGGAUGUAAGCGAGUUAUAUAUAUAUAUCUAUAUAUAUAUAUCCAAAGUUAUUUGAUGUAAAUAUUUUGUAAAUAUUGUACGUGAGUCAAGUGUAUUUUAUAUUUAUGAAGGAGAGAGAAUUUAUGUGUGCAGUAAGAAAACCGUUGAAGAUAUUGAGAUCACAAAAACUCACCCUUAAGUAUCACAUUAUUUAAGGGGACUUUAAACCUCCUCAAUAAAUUCACAAAAACACAGACACGUCAUGCAAUUAAAACAAGACGUCGUAAAAAAUUAAAAACAUAAAUUACAACUUGUAA